AUCCCUAGUUACCUUAAAAAAAAAAAGAAUAAAACCCUAGCCCCGGCAAUAACUACCCACCGCUCCCACUCGCUCCUCCCAGCAGCAGGCGGCGGCGGAGGCCUGCGUUCAUUGAUCCCCUUUGACCCCGACUCCCACUCCAAUUCGAUUUCAUCUUCCCACCCAACACGGAUCGAUCGUGCCAAUCCCACCCCAUAAAUCCAUCCACACACCCGCCGAGACGAAGCAACGAUUUGUGAUCCAUCCAGCAUGAACAAGGCAAUCGACUUGGGAUCGAUUGAUGGCCGAUUCUUGGAGCUACCCCGACGGCGGCGGCGAAGAGAAGGACAUGCAGUGGCCACCGGCUCCUCCCGCCUACGGCUACCCCGACUAUGAGCGGCCGCCCUUCGUCCUCAUCGAUCCAUGCGCCUACUUCGCCGACCGCAAGAAUGCCACCACCGCCGUCAUCGAUAUGGAGGCCGGGGCCCCCAAUCUCAGGGGCCGACUCCAGGUCACCUUCUGCGCCGUCGCCCCGCCGCUCGUCUCCUACUUCUGCGUCCACGCCACCCACAUGGACCACACUGAGUUCGCCGUCGCGCCCUACAUCCUGGCCACCGAGACCGACGGCGGCCUCGUCCUCCUAUGCGUCCCCACCGUCAACCCCGACUAUCCGACCGAUCACUUGCGUCCCCGAAAUUGCCAAUACUUCGUCUACGACGCCCUCGCCCGCAAACUUCACCAACUCCCGCAACCCGGCUUCCAACACCGACUCAGCCAGCGCUCGCUCGCCAUCAUGCGCAAGCCCAACAAAAGCUCCAAAAACACCAGCAACCACGUCAGCCUACGCCCCCAUGUACAUGGAGAGGCCGAGGCCGAGGCCGACUUCGUCGUUGCCGCACAAUCCUACAUUUUCUGGGGUAAAGAAUCUCCUCACAUCUGCAUCUAUGACUCUGCUAUCAAGACCUGGAGCAACAAGCCGGUGGUAAUGGGUUCAUCAUAUCCAGACCACCACCUCCCAAGCAAGACACUCGCCAUCGGAGGAAUCAAUGGCACCGUGGCUUGGGUGGAUCUCUGGCACAACAUCAUCUUCUGUGACGUUCUCGCCAAACGCCCCAAGCUUCGCUACCUGAAGCUGCCGUCCGAACCCCGCGACAGGGGUUUCAAUCCAAGGUCCGUUCGCGACAUUGCCGUCUUUGGCAACACCAUCAAGUAUGUUGCGAUGCUGCUUCGGCCCGACGACACAAGCUCCUCUAAGGUCCCCUCCUGUCGUUGGAUGGCCACAGCAUGGAGCAUCGACAAGAGCCGUCACGCCUCGGCCAAGGAUUGGCGCAUGGUUUGCAAGCUCGAUUCCACCCGUAUAAUGGUUGAUGCAGCUGGUACCGCGGCUUCCUUCCCAACCUUGUCGUCUCUUUGCGGUAGCCUGCCCACACUCAGCCUGCAGAAUGAUGCCAUUGUUUAUUUCCUCGCCAAGAUUGACUUCAGCCCAAGGCAACGCACAGCUUGGGUGCUUGCUGUUGACAUGAAGAACGAGACUGUUGAGCAAGUGGUGGAGUUCCCUGCUGAGAGGACUUAUUGUGUAGCCGAGGGCUACGAUGCAAGUAGGAUCUCCGCAUAUCUCCAACCCGCUCCAGGUAGGAAGCAAAUACAUAAACGACCAGGGGUGUCGUUGCUGAAAUCACCUAGCAAGAAGCAUACUGGAGAUGUUGACGCCAUGGUGGAGUGAUGUUGAUUGGAAGCUGAGACUAUAUAUGGUAAUUCAUAUGGCAUGAUGUUGCAUGGAAGCUUGUAUGAUCUGAAAAUAGUCUAGGGUAUGUAUGCCCCUUGUUUUGCCUGUCUUCUAACCCUGUUCGAGGUCACUUCUGUGCCAUGGCCCGCGCUCGUCUCGUACUUCUGCAUCCCGAACUACUACUAGCAGGGUAGAGGCGCAGUAGUGUGCUCCAGUGCCCUUGUUGGUUUAGCUUAUCCCGUUGUUGUUGCUGUUUUUUUUGUCUGGAAAGUCAAGUAAAAGCAGUGUAAUAGACAGUGGCAGAUGAAUGGAGAAGUAUAAUUGGA